UCUUCCCAUUUGAAGAGUUCUAAAAUAACCGCGAAAUCCAAAUGUGGAUCAACGCUGGCUUGUUUACCUAGUUGUUAAAAUCUAAAACACGCAAUUGUCUCUUACGUAAUGGCGACUGAAGAUGAUGACAUGGAUAAUCUACAACACAGACAGAGACUGAAGGCAUCGGUCCAUCAUACUGUGGUGAGAAUCUGUUCAGAACUACAAGACGACGACUCCAAGGUCCCUAUAAACAACUCCGUUAUGGCAGCCAUCGCUGAAACAACAUGGCGAUACGUCCAAGAUGUUACACAAGAUUUAGAAAUGUUUGCUAAGCAUGCCAAAAGAACCACUGUUAAUGCAGAUGAUGUCAAGCUUCUUCUGAGGAAAUGUCCAAAACUCUUGGAGCAUAUCUCGGGCAUCCACCAGACACAUACUGAAAGCAAGGUCAAACAGAAGAAAAAGACUGCAACCAAGAAGAAAAGUAGUGCAGCUGCCGUAGCCGACUCAGAUGAGGAGCACUGAAUUAUACUGAGUCAACUCGGAGGAAUGGUUUACUACAUUGAGUCACCCAGAGGAGACUUUGAUACGACUGAUGAACAUUUAAUGACAUUGAGUCGACUCUGAAAGAAAUAUUAAAAGAAAUUGAGUCCUCUUUGAAUACUGAGUCAACUCAGGGAAAUGUUUUACUACACUGAGUCACCUCAGAGGAGACCUUGAUAAGACUGAUUAAAUGACAUUGUGUCGACUCAAGAGAGAAAAAUUGAGUCCUCUUUGAGAAACAUUGAAUACUGAGUGAACUCAGAGAAAUGUUUUACUACACUGAGUCACCUCAGAGGAGACCUUGAUAUGACUGAUGAACAUUAAAUCAAAUUUAGUCGAAUCUGAGAGAAUUUGAAGAAAAAGAGUUGAGUCCUCUUUGAGAAACAUUGAAUACUGAGUCAACUCGAAGGAAUGUUUCACUAUACCGAGUCACCUUUGAUAUGACUGAUGAACAUUAAAUGACAUUGAGUUGACUGAGAAAUUUAAAAAAAAAAAAAGGUCUCUUUGAGAAACAUUGAAUACUGAGACAACUUAGAAAAUCAAUUAUUUAAGAUCAGAGAACUUCAAGCUGUGAAUAGCAUUGAGUUAACUGAUAGGAACAUGAGUUAAAAAGAGAUCACCGAAAAAUAUCCAGUCUAAACAGAAGAUGAUAUUGAAUUAAACUCAUUAAAUUCUUAGGAGACUUCAAUACUCCAUAUGUCCAUAUACUCAACAUUUAAGAUAAUUAAUAUGUAUUUACAAUGAAUAACACCAAGUCAGUUAAGAUUUUAAGCAACAAGUUAGUAACAGUGAGCUAUCAUUGAUGUAAUCAAUUGGUAACAAUGAGUCCACUCAGAGAUGUAAAGUUACAUUUAGUUAUUUCAGAAUUUGAGCAACAAGUUAGUUAUUACAGUGAAACAACAUAGAUGUAAUCAAUUGGUAAAAAUUAGUCAACUCGGAGCUAUAAAGUAAAAUUUAGUCAACUCAGAGUUUUAGCAACAAGUUAGUUACAGCAGAGAUGUAUAAUACAAUGUAUUAUACGUCUCUGGUUACAGUGAGCGAACAGAUGUAACAAUGAGUCAACUCAGAUAUAAGCAAUGAGUAUUACUGAGUAAAUGAGUGACACAGAGUCAACUGAAAUACAACUAAUUAAUAUAAUGCAGAGUAAAUAAUUCUUUACAAGGUUUUUGUGCUACACUAUUAACAUAAGGCUAUAGAUGCCAUCAUUAAACUACUUGAGGUACACCUGCAAUGUUUCCUAGCUAUGCAUUACAUCCAAAAUUGCAUUAUCCAAGUGUAUAUCAUCAAUAAGAAAGAAAAAAAUCCAUAAUUAUUACACUACAAACCACAGCAAUUUUAAGCUUAAAGGAAUGAUUUCUAUUUGUAAUUUAACUGUUUUACCUAAAAUUAGUCGUUUUCUAGAGAAAACAAUUAAGGUUUUAAGUGACAUAAGAUAAAUGCAGUGCUAUUAUUCUGUAGUAUUAUAUAUUUACAUGUUGUAUAAACAAUCUGUACUCACUUUGCUAUGUAAUUGAAAUGUAUUAAGAUUUAAAAAUAAAUCUUGAAAAACUGCUGAUUUUCUGUAUAU